AUGUCCGAACAAGUUCAAACCACCAAAGCUGUACCUUCUAUUUUGGAUAAAAGAUGGGACGUUGUCUUAUCCAAUGUAGUCGCUAAGACUGCUUUAGGCGCUGGUGUCGGUAUUGUCGCUUCUGUUUUAUUCUUUAAGCGUCGUGCAUUCCCUGUGUGGGUUGGUGUCGGCUUUGGUUUAGGCAGAGGUUACGCCGAAGGUGAUGCUAUUUUCCGCACCAAUGCUGGUCUAAGAAAGGUCAACGCCUGA